UCCACCAUCUUCGCCCGCUUUCCUUCUCAUCUCUAGCCUGCGCCGCCGCACCCAAAACCCUAGCCCUACCUCCGCCUCACCACCAUGGCCGGCCAGGAGUCCCUCGCGUACGCCGGCGUGAUGCGCGGUCACAACGACGUUGUGACCGCCAUCGCGACGCCCAUCGACAACUCGCCCUUCAUCGUCUCCUCCUCCCGCGACAAGUCGCUGCUGGUGUGGGACCUCACCAACCCCAUCCAGGCCACCCAGGACUCCAGCUCCGAGUAUGGUAUCCCCUUCCGCCGCCUCACCGGCCACGGCCACUUCGUCCAGGACGUCGUCCUCAGCUCCGACGGCCAGUUCGCCCUCUCAGGAUCCUGGGACGGCGAGCUCCGCCUGUGGGACCUCUCCACUGGAGUCACCACCCGCCGCUUCGUCGGCCACGAGAAGGACGUUCUCUCCGUCGCCUUCUCUGUUGACAACCGACAGAUCGUCUCCGCGUCCCGCGACCGCACCAUCAAGCUGUGGAACACGCUCGGCGAGUGCAAGUACACCAUUGGCGGCGACCACGGAGGCGGCGAGGGCCACACCGGCUGGGUGUCCUGCGUCCGUUUCUCCCCCAACACCUUCGUGCCAACCAUCGUCUCGGGCUCAUGGGACCGCUCCGUCAAGGUUUGGAACCUCACCAACUGCAAGAUCCGCUCCACUCUCGAUGGUCAUGGAGGCUACGUCAGCGCCGUUGCUGUGAGUCCGGACGGUUCACUCUGCGCCUCUGGUGGCAAGGACGGCGUCACCCUGCUGUGGGACUUGGCUGAGGGCAAGAGGCUGUACUCGCUGGAUGCCGGCGCCAUUAUCAACUCACUUUGCUUCUCGCCCAACCGCUACUGGCUAUGCGCGGCGACACAAGAUUCCAUCAAGAUCUGGGAUCUUGAGUCGAAGCACGUUGUGCAGGACCUUAGGCCCGAGGUCCCAGUCUCCAAGAACCAGAUGCUCUACUGCACUUGCCUCAGCUGGAGCGCCGACGGCAGCACUCUCUAUGCUGGUUAUACUGAUGGAACCAUCCGGAUCUAUAAGAUCUCAGGGUUCAGCUACUCAACCUAGAUGAUAAAUCUUGUUUAGUGGCCUUAAUUCUGGUAAACUGCUGUGGUAUCUUCUUUUUCUACUGUCUUGAGGCAUGUACUUCUGCUUAAUUAUCUAUGUGUUAGCAUCAAGUAUGUUUCUGGAUAAUGCGGACAGGUACUUUUGCAUCAUGUUUUUGUUUUGGCUGUUGAGCAUACUAUCACAUGAACCAUCGAAUCAGUGAAGCUGCUCGGUCUGUUCUGUUUGUAUGAUCCCUUUCUGCUGGAUAGUCGUGCAUGGGAUUUCCUGUGAAAGAUGUUGGAAAUCAUUUGGAA